AUGCGAGUAAGCAAGACGUGGGAUGGCGUUAUAACAAACUCCCCAGCGAUCCAGCAGGCUCUAUACUUCAGGCCGAUUUCGACCGCGACCACAACUUCAACGGAACCAGUACACCUGGCAAAUGAUCCAGAGAGCGGCCAAGUAAAUGGCUGGGAUCCCACAAGUGAUAAAGUGGCCGGUUCUUGGCCGGUUCUUAAUCCACUUUUGAUGAAGAAAUUUGGACGAUGCUUCUUUGACUUUGAGGGAGAGUACGGCUAUCAUCGCCGCGCAGGCGCGUUCUAUAGGCUCUCGUGGACAGCUAGAGCUUGCGAGGCAGAUCGCGAGGUGGCUCUUAAAGGAGAAGAUCUAGGACCCCAGCCAUCUGGAAGAAACAAUACUAGCCUAGCUAAUAGCAUCACAAAGAUCCUCUACUCUUACGCAGAUACAUCCAAACAUACCACCAUCGAAGCCCAGAAAUCGACCUGGCACGCACCAAUUCCGGUCCCCAACAAACAUCACUCGAACAAGAAGAGACUGGCUCUGACGGAAAAUAGAGCUCUCUUACUGUUUUCAAGUCUAUUUUUGUUUGUCAAUAAGCCAAAUUUAGCUAUAGGGAUGCGAAAUUCGACUGAUAACUCCAUCACUUUGCCGUCAACUCGGUUUUUCUUAUUCGACACUUGUCGGAAUGGAGUCUAG